AUGUCGAAAGCCCGUGAGCUCGUCUCCUCUGAAACCUCUUCUGGCGAGGAGCAAACCGACGAUUCUUCGUCUGAGGAAAUCGAAUCUGAGCCCGAACCGAUCCGGAAGUCUUCAGCACCGCCGGCAGCCGCGAGGAAACCCCAAACCCCUUCCCUCGACGGCCCUCUUCCUGCGGCCAGAUCUACCAGGAAGAGGGCCGUCGAGGAGGGUAAAGUGACGGAGCCCACUGUCACCAAGAAGUCGAAGAACAGUAAGAAGGCUGAACCCGAGACAUCCGAGAAGAAACAACUGUUCCAGAGAAUAUGGAGCGAGGCCGACGAAAUCGCCAUCCUCAAUGGAAUUCUGCAGUUU